AUGUCCAACGUUGGUAACUCUCAGGUCUACGAGGCUGGCGACCAAAGAACGUCCAAGGGCGACACUGAUGCCCCUGCCCAGUUCGAGGCUGGUCAGAAAAACGCCCAUGACCAACUAGACUCCAAAGACGAGCGCACGCUGGGUAACAAGCUCGCACAGGCAGAGAAAGUCAGCCGUGACGAGAAACAGCGCGCAAAGACGACUAUUGACCCAGAAGCCCCCGCACGGGCGCACGGUAACGAACCCUCAAGAGGUGCGCAGAUCGACAAGGAGCUCCAGCAGGAGGAUGAGCAGACGUUCAAGCAGAAGGGCAAGGGCAGCUUUGGGCCUAAUGUGUAA